GCUGGGCUGAAUCGUCGUGUGCUAAUUUUGAUAUAUUUUCUGCAGUAUUUAGCAUGCGCCAAUGUUGCCCUUUACUAUUUACUAUCGAUAUUUCACUGCAGCAGCAUUUUAAGGACGAAUUACAGGCAGUGUUGUUUCCGUGAAAUAGAGCUGAUACAUCCAUUCUAUAUCACAGUGUUUAACAAAUUACUAAUAUUUGAGCUAGGAGGACGGAUUAAUAAUCAACUAGUAUGAUGUGUACGUAUUAAAUAGGAGUAUACUGCACCACAAUAUCGCAUAUACUACAUAAUACGUGUGUACUAUAAUUCAGUGUCUAUAAAUCAGUCCUUCAGUUUAGUUAGGUUUAUAAAAUAUAAUUCCUUUCUACACUCGACUUUAAUUCAAUAAGAAUAAAAAUGUAAUAACCUCUAAACUUUUAUUAUCGGAUGCCAGACUUAUUUUUAAAUAAGGUUUUAGUCAAUGUUAUUGACAAAUAGCUUCAUGACUUGAUAGUUGAAAACGGUCCGGAGAAGCCGUUUCAAGCUAAUCUGCUAGAAUUGUGACAUUUUGCUACUCACCUUUGAAACAAGAACAGAAUGGAGAUGACCUCGACAGAUAGUAAUGGAAAUGGAGGGGAUAUCAAGGAGUCCAAAAAGCCUUCAAAUUCAGCCUUUAAACAGCAGCGUCUCACGGCGUGGCAGCCCAUCCUUACUGCAGGAACAGUAUUACCAACAUUCUUUGUGAUCGGAAUUCUAUUUAUCCCUGUGGGAAUCGGUCUUUGGUUCUUCUCCGACAACGUGAAAGAAAUAACUGUUUACUAUACAACUUGUACAAGUUUGGAAAAUAGUUCAACCACUUGCGAUCAAGUGUUGAAGGAUAAUCGACUUGCAACUUGUUCUUGUGAAGUCGAAUUUACGCUUCCAACGAAUUUCAAUAAUCGAGUUUAUAUGUACUACGCCUUGACAAACUUUUACCAAAAUCAUAGACGGUAUGUAAAGUCGCGAGACGAUAAUCAGCUGUGGGGAGACUUGUCCUCCAUUUCUUCUGACUGCAGUCCGUUUAACAUGGACAAAGAUGGGAAGAAGAUAUUUCCCUGUGGAGCAAUCGCUAAUUCCAUGUUUAACGAUGAAAUCGCUCUGCAAUAUCAUCCUCCAGAUCAAAAGGUGAAAAACGUGAGUUUGAUCCGAACUGGGAUAGCUUGGGAUUCGGACAAGAGGUUCAAGUUCAGGAAUCCCACUAAUUUUGGAGGAAACUCUAGUCCAAUUUGGAAUGAGUUUACGAAACCGAAGGAUUGGAGAAAACAGUUGUGGGAACUGGAUCCUGAUAAUUCUGAAAAUAAUGGAGUUCAAAAUGAAGAUUUCAUCGUCUGGAUGAGAACAGCAGCGCUGCCCAACUUUAGAAAGUUGUACAGAAUUGUCAAUUCUACUGCAGAUGGAUUUCGGGGGGGUCUACCUGCUGGGAAGUAUUCACUGCUAAUCAAAUAUUCAUAUGAAGUGAAUUCAUUCCAUGGGACAAAAUCGAUCAUUUUAUCGACAACGUCUUUGCUAGGGGGGAAAAAUCCUUUUUUGGGAAUCGCAUACAUCAUUGUUGGAACCAUUUGCCUUGUACUUGGAAUCGCAUUCUUGUUUAUCCAUAUUAAUUAUGGGAAAAGCACUUGGGAAAUGACUAACGUGGACCCUAGGACUCCAUACUAGUCUAAUAUGUGGAGUUCUGUUUGUUAAUAAAAAAAAUAGGUCAUGUUAGAUUUUCAGCCAGCUUUUUGUCGAUUACUUGAAAAUAUCAUUAUUUAACUACAUAGAACAGUAUUUUUCUUACAUUUGACUCUUACAUUCAUAAGAAUAUACUUUGUUAGCUAUAUAUAUAAUGCAAAAUGUAAUAUAUUUUCUGCCUAAUCUGCCUUUUGAAAUCUCUAACAAAGAUCAUGGUUCUCAUAAAAUAUCCAACACAGUAAGCACUUACUGUAGUAGAAAAAGUGUUUGACUCAUAUAUUUACUAAUGAUAGAAUUUACCUAGACUUCUCAUGCACACACGUCGGAAUAAUAAGACAAUGUUAGAUGCGAAUACACUACCUAUAUAAUAAUGCACUGUAAUAUGUUCAAUAUUUUGUAAUAAAAAUGUAGUCUGUUUUUUUGGCUUAACAAUAAUUAAUAA